AUGAUAGAGUGGAGAUACAUGAAAAAAUAUAAAAAUAAAAUUAUUCACUCAAUUUACUUAACAUCAAAAACAUACAUUCCUGUGAGAUUUUCAUCAAAAUAUAUCAAUGUAAAAAAUGAAAAUAAAAUAUACUCAAAAAAGAAUUUUAAUAAUAUAUUAAUGCAAAAUAUAAAAAUUACAGAUGAGAAAAUAAUAUGUGAAAAAGUUUAUUUUUCCAAAUACAAUUUACCUUAUGUUUUAAAGAUACCUUUUAGUGAUUUAAGAUUAAUUGAUACAUAUAAUAAUAAUCACAACCCAACUAUAUUAGUAAGAAAAAAUGUGAUUUUAUUAAGAACUGGUUUUAUAAGUUGUAUUAUUCGAUUUAAUGAAUUAUGGCUAUUUGAUCCGAAUAAUCCUUUAGUUAUAAAAGCAAUAAAUUUAAUUAAAGAGAACUUUAAAAAAAAAUGUAAUUUAAAAAUUGAAGAAUGCACAGAUGAUGUAAAAAAUGAUGAUAAUUCGGAAGAUAAAAGAAAUGAUGAAAAAGAAGAUAUAAAUGAUUUAAAUGUAAAAAAUAAUUUUUAUAGAUAUAAUACAAACAAUUUUUUUGAAUUUUUAUGUUUAGACAUAUGUAUGCAACUAUCUUUAAAAGAGUAUGAAAACGAUAUAGAUCAAAUUAAUGGAAAAAUUCGAGAAAAAAUACAACUACAAAGAAGAGAAGAAAAUAAUGAAAUAAAUAUGUUAACAAAUAAAUUAUUAAGAGAUAUGAUGAAGAUUAAAAACAAUUUACAAAAAUUAUCCAAUUUAUUAAAUGCUCUACGUAGUAAUAUUGAAAAAAUAUUAAAAGAUGAUAAUGAUAUGAAAAAUAUGUAUUUAACAUUUUUACAUAAUAACUAUAUAAAUCAAUUAAAAGAUCAUAGUGAUUUAGAAAUAUUACUUGAAACUCAUUUACAAUUAACAGAUGAACUAUAUGGAGAAUUAGAAAAUAUUGAAGAAAAAAUUACACAUUAUGAAGAAUUAAUGAGAUUAAAUUUAGAUUAUAAUAGAAAUAAAUUUAUUUUAUUAAAUGCAAAAAUUUCUUUUUCUACUUUAUUUUGUUCUAUUUGUUCAGUUAUUACGAGUUUAUUUGGAAUGAAUUUAAAAAAUUUUAUAGAGAAUAAUGAUUAUGCUUUUUUUAUUGUUUCUAUAUUUAUUUCAGGUUGGUCUAUAAUAGGAAUAUAUUUCACUAAGAAUAUAAAUAUGUUACUCAAGUUUUUUGAUAAAUAUAAAAUAAAAUAA